AUGGUGCCACUGAUACUUCUCGGCCUGGCCGCAAUCGUCACAGGCUCGAAACCACUCCCAACCGCGAUAAUAGACUCCGGUGCCAUUGUCGGAACAACCACAACUCUGCCCUCGUCGACUGCCGUUGUAAACAAAUACCUGGGAGUCCCUUUCGGUAAACCGCCUGUUCGAUUCAGUCCACCAGAGCCCGUUGACCGCUGGUCCACAUAUUAUAACGCGACAAAAUGGGGGCCAGCUUGCAUCCAAGAAGCAGGCCCGGCAGUCCAAUUUUUAUUCGGUCUGCUGGACAUGCCACCUCCCCUGGGCGGAGAGGAUGAAGAUUGCCUAAACCUCAAUGUUUUCACACCAGCCGAUGCGUCGGCUGGCUCAAAGGCCGUUCUUGUCUGGAUUUACGGAGGCGCUUUUCGUAAUGGUGCAUCUGCGGUGCCUCAGUAUGAUGGAUCGAGUUUCGCGGCCAACCAGGACGUAGUGGUGGUUACCAUUAACUACCGCACCAAUGCCUUUGGAUUCCCUGCCGAUGAAAGUCUUCCAUUGAGGGAAAGGAACCUAGGUUUGCUGGACCAAAGACUUGCCCUUGAAUGGGUGACUCGAAACAUUGCUGGCCUCGGCGGUGACCCAUCCAAGGUGACAAUCGUGGGAGAGAGCGCUGGAGCAACUAGUGUCGAUGCGCUUGUUGUGACUCCCCCGGAACCGGUACCAUUCCGCGCAGCUAUCAUGGAAUCUGGCCAAACCUCCAUCCAGACCUCGUUCGACACAACCGCCAAGAGCUACCGACAGUCCUGGCAGAAGCUGCUCAAUGCCACGAAUUGUGCCUCUGAGAAUUCCAUCGAAUGCCUUCGAACCGUCCCCGCCCAAGAUCUGAAGAAGCUCGUCACAAAGGGUGGGCUGGUAUUUGGCCCCGUCCGCGACGAUUUCACGCUGGCAAAAAAGCCUCGCCAGAAGCGCCUCAAUUCCGUCAAGAAUGAGACUUCGAUCGCUCGAGUCCCAGUCCUCAUUGGUAGCAACGGCGAUGAAGCCAUGACAACGAUCAUUGGACAAAAUGAUCCCAAGAAAGCUCUCCAGCCCGUCGUCGGCAAUUACACAGACAUGCUCCUUUCCAAAUACCCUCUUGGAUCACCAGGAGCACACACAGAGCACGAGCGAUUGUCUCUCAUCAUCACGGAGUUCCAAAUACAAUGCGUAUCCGCCGCAUACGCGAACGAGAGCGCUUUCGCUGGCAUCCCUACUUGGCGAUACCUGUUCAAUGCAAGCUUCCCCAACAACGAGAAGGGAUACGGUGCUUAUCAUACUUCCGAAAUCCCCUUUGUCUUUGGUACAUACCCACAACUAAACAAGACCCAAUUCGAGGAAGAUGUCAGCAAAUCAAUGCAAACGGCCUGGGCAGAUUUUGCCAAGGACCCCUUCAAAGGACCGGGCUGGGCAAAGGAGCCCGCUAUUGGAAUUUUCGGAGAUGGUGUCAAGGCCGGUAUGAGCGUCAAAGGGAAGAAGCCUCUGAGGGCAGUUCCUUCGAAGCAGGUCGAUUUCAGAUGUCCGCUUUAUCUACCCUUUUACACUUGA